CGGCUUUCUCUUGAUUUCCUUUCAGAGUCUCCAUUCGCCAGUUAGGUUUCUGUGCCUUUGUUCUUCUCUAGUAUAAUGGGGCAAUUUUUUGCCGUGUUGAUACCUGAUUCUUUGUCUUCAAUGUCCCACAUUCCUCAUCCCAAGAGUUAAAAAAAACAUUUCUAGUGGGAAUUCAAAAUGACGGAUGCCAAAUUCAAACUAGAGGACAUUUUGAAUAAAAAGAAGGCCCCGCCGCAAAUUCUAGAUUUGGCCAAUAUCAAAAUCGAAUCCGAGGAAGAUUUUCGUGCGGUCAUUGAGAAGAUUCCGGAUUACAGAAUUCAACCUGAGAGGCCUGAAGAGACCCGAGAACAAAUUGAAGUUCUGUCUCAAGCCAUGAAACAAUACAAAAAGUAUCGACAACUGAGGCGAAGUCAGUAUGUUCAGCAACUCGAUCGUGCUCUCUUGAAAGGUGACAUCGAUCUCUCCACUGUUGACCCGACCAAACAGAUGGCCCAAGAGAAUGCUCCCGACUUUCCCGAGGAUCAAGUGGAAGGCCUCAAAGAAAAGCCAAUGUCUGCCAAGAAAUCGUUAUUGUUCGUCCCUCAACCGGCCUAUCAAUUCGCAGAUCCUUGCCCAGAAUCGAUGAGAGGUGUCAAGAUAUCCGACCUUUCGUCCGUGGACAUCAAUUGGAAAAUGCUCACCCUGGCCAGACCCAAUAAUAAGACGGACGAAGAGAUCUUUUCUAAAUUGGUUCAAUUGGACAAACUUCGCCUUCAAACCAGGGCCAAAGAAGCUGAGCAAGCCUUGGCCAGAGGGGGCAAGGACCCAUUUAUUGUGGUCAAAAAUCCCAGUGCCAGCAAGGGCGGUGUGGCGGAAAAGAGCAUUAAAACUUGCAGUGAGUGUGCAGAGGAAUUUUGUAGCGGCACAUGCAAGGAAUUCCAAUACGAUGCAUACCAAAGAUUGGUUCUACCGGAGAAAGAAGUGGAAAUAACGGGGAAUGAGGUGCAAUCAAGCAAGAAGAAGGGUAAAAAGAAACGAAAGAAGAGGAAGAAGUCGAGUGGGACCAAGAAAGUGUCACACAUGCCUGUCACAGACGAGGAGGAGGAUUGAGAAUUCCCUUCAUGAGAUCGUUCCACUUGAAACGGUUCCUUGGGGAUCAAAGACACCUGCUGGAGCACAGACCCAAAUCAUGAAACAAUUCCUUAUUCGGGGGAACAAUUCAUUUUGGUAGAUAGGAUUUAUUGCAUUUGUGAGUGAAUUUUGA